AUGAAGCCUGAACCAAAGUCUAUUUUCACAUCCCAGAAAGACUUUAGUGCACAAUCAACCCGAGAGCGGACACCCCCUCCGGAAAACCCAUCAACUCCCUCCUCGAACCCCCCUCCGUCUCCCAACACUACUCUCGAAGCCGGCAUAGAAAGGGAGGCGGGUCUGCCCACAAGGCUGCAACAUACAGAGACCUCUACACAAGAGAACUCCUCUCGGAAUACCCCACAACAGUUCGGUGAUUCAGAGUCACUGUUUUCAAAGCGAGAUACAAUUCCCUCGACUCCCAAUACAUCGAAUGCCUCAAAGCAUCCACGAUCCGAUAGCCUGUCUCGGGCGGUCUCAACUUCUGCCUCGGAGCGGCCAUCGAAGAGGAAUCGCCCAAGGCUCAAGUCUCGUCAUACUCUUAGUUGGGAGAGCUUCCAGACGGCGAAGUUAGCAACCCCUAUUCUCCCGCUUCCACCGUCACCUUUGUUCUUCUCACAUACGCCGAGACAACGGCCAUUACUGCCACCAACCUCCUUUACUUCCGACUUGGCAGCAACAAUGUUGAAUAAAGCGCGGGAUGAGAUUGGAGGAGUAACGACACUGAAACUUGCUCGGGGUAGUGUAUCCAACGCUACAAGUCCCCCACGCUCGACAAGCAAUUUCUCUGGCAGCUGGGCGUCAAGCAGUACUCCAAGAACUCCAGAUACUAGAAGCAAAUCACCAGGAAUGCAAAUACUAGGAUCGGUUGGAAUUGUUGAGCUUCUAGAACAAGAUGAAAGGCCAACUUUCAUCAUAGAUGUUGCCAAUCCUGUAAACUUCAAGGCUGGUGGGCUUCUGCAAAUCGUCUUUGCAAACGCAUCUCUCCGUGCCCAUGAAUCAACAUUUGACCUAAUCACAGGGCAAGAAUCACGAGAAAAUCCUGGUAUUGUGAAUGAUUUCCCUGAAUUCAAAACAUGGGCCUUGAGUUUUGUCAAGAACAACGAGUCAUUGGAUAUCUGCUUGCCCUCAUUCUCGUACGGUGGUCUAAUUUGGACGUGCAGCACUCUGAGGAAGCGCCUUCGUAUUAUCAGCGGAAGUGGUAAUAACAUCGCAACUGGUGCGGGUUCCUCGAGUGGAGGACAAAGUAAUUCAUCCGCCCUAAGUGAACGGACACGGGGGCAUCUUCUACUAGGCACGACACGCUCUCCCCUCGCACAAACUUCAGAGCCUGCAGAAGACUACUUCGGAGAUACAGCACCUGAUGCGGUCUUCAAUAAUGCGCCUCUGCAACAUCUGCCGAGUCCAAUGACUAUAGAUGAUUUGGUUCCUUCUAAGCAAACGAUCACAACUUCACAGAGCGGGCCAUUAAGUGGUGAGAUGAUUGCGGCGAAUUAUUCCGCCACUUCGUCGUUUGACUGGACUAGACUCCCAUUGUCAGCAGCUCUUCCCAAGCACAUACAGUUUGCUCGGAGUGUAGAUUGGGCGAGUACUGCUCUUGGUCCUAUUGAGGAUUGGUCCUUUGACCUAAGAGCAAUGUGCAAUCUCAUAAUGGGCUCACCUCACCCAGCUGCCCUGUAUUGGGGUGACGAUUAUACUAUUAUAUACAACGAAGCGUAUAUUAUGCUGGCUGGACAGAAGCAUCCAGAUCUAAUGGGCAAAAGCUAUAGGAUAGCCUGGGCAGAGAUAUGGCCUGAAAUUGAGGAUGUAUUUGCUGGUGCAAUGGAAAGUGGUCAGUCCACGAUGAAGGAUGAUGAUUGCCUCUUCAUCAAACGAAACGGUUACCUUGAAGAAAGCUACUUCUCUUGGUCUAUCGUUCCCCUCGUUGGUGAGGACGGAUCCGUAGUGGGUCUCUAUAACCCAGCUUUCGAAAAGACUCGACGCAAAAUUGCAGAGCGAAGGAUGCUUACACUUAGAGAAAUUGGCGACAGAACUGCUGUAGCACGAGAAUUAAAUGGGUUCUGGGGUCAAGUUAUUAAGGGUCUCGAGUAUAAUGAGUACGAUAUCCCCUUUGCAUUUCUAUAUUCUGUGACAGAUGAUUUCGAGAGUGAUCAGAGUUCUAUGCAGAGUGGUUCACUGGCAGCUGCCCCUUCUUGUGUCCUCGAGGCGACCAUUGGAGUUCCUGGAGGCCAUAAAGCAUCUGUAAGCCCAUUAGAUCUCAAGACAAGUGAAGAAGGCUUUGCUCCGUACCUACGAGAGUCCAUGAAGACAGAUAGACCUGUGCUUCUCACUACCGAAGAAGGGACUUUGUCAUCUGAGUUGAUAGAGGGCUUGGAAUGGCGUGGCUUUGGCGAUCCAUGUCGCGCUGCAGUCGUGUGUCCCAUACAUCCAACGACAGGGGAAUCCAUACUCGGUUUCCUUGUGAUGGGCGUCAAUCCUCGACGACCCUACGAUGAUGAUUACAGCCUUUUCGUGCAACUGCUCAGUCGCCAGCUGGCUACGUCUAUGGCUUCUGUCGUUCUUUUUGAAGAGGAAAUAAGGCGGGGUCAACGUGCGGCACGUCUGGCUGCCUUGGAUCGACAGGAACUAUCGAAACAACUUGACUUGAGAACCCAAGAAAAGGUGGAGAGCGAAACUAAGUUUACUCGAAUGGCCGAGUUUGCUCCCGUUGGCAUGUUCAUUGCAAACUCAACGGGCCAAAUUACGUACAGCAAUGACACCUGGUGGGAGAUUUCUCGGCAUCCUAGAUCUUCUAGAAGUGCCGAUAUGUGGAUGGAUAGUAUCAAGCCAGAAGAUCGGACAGAGGUCGAAAAUAUAUGGAAGACACUGGUUGACAGCAAGACUGCGGUAACCCAUGAGUUCCGAUUCAAAACUCCAUGGGAAGACCGCAAUGGAAAUAUGGGCGAUACUUGGGUUUUGAUGAGUGCUUACCCCGAGAAAGAUGGCAACGGACAGCUCAAGAGUGUAUUUGGAAGCAUCACGAAUAUCUCUUCUCAAAAGUCAGCUGAAGACUUCCAAAAACGACGGACGGAUGAAGCCAUCGAACUGAAGAGACAGCAAGAGAACUUCAUCGACAUGACCUCCCACGAAAUGAGGAAUCCACUCUCAGCCAUAUUGCAAUGUAGUGACGAGAUCUCUACCUCGUUAAUCGAAUACAAAUCGGAUAACGAUGCCAUAUUGGACCAGAGACUUGGGAAAAUAUUAGAUGGCAGCGUUGAUGCGGCCCAGACAAUUGCCCUCUGUGCACAACACCAGAAACGAAUUGUUGAUGACAUUCUGACGCUUUCCAAACUCGAUUCUGCGCUUCUAGUUGUCACCCCUGUCGAUGUGCAACCCGUUGCAGUUGUUCAACGGGCACUCAAGAUGUUUGCAGGGGAGCUAGACACCAACGAUAUUGCUAUGGAAUUUCGCAUGGAAAAGUCCUACUUGGAUCUUGGCGUAGAUCAUGUCAAACUAGAUCCCUCGCGACUCCUCCAAGUCCUCAUCAAUCUCACAACGAACGCCAUCAAAUUUACCCACGCUCAGGAAAAACGGACUAUUAUAGUCAGCGUUGCAGCAAGUACGGAGCGUCCAGAUGGUAGUGAAUGCGGUGUGACCUAUUUUCCCAGCCGCUCAAAUAGGAAGGAUUUGCUUACAGAGGAUUCCGAGUGGGGAACUGGAGAAGCUAUCUACCUUCAGUUUUCAGUUCAAGAUACCGGUAGAGGACUGGAUGAAAAAGAGAAAACUCUUCUGUUCCAAAGAUUCCGGCAAGCUUCACCAAGAACUCAUGUACAGUACGGCGGGAGCGGCUUGGGUUUGUUCAUUUCCCGAGAACUUACGGAACUACAAGGAGGCGAGAUUGGCGUGUCCUCCGAACGGGGCGUCGGUAGCACUUUUGCAUUUUAUGUAAAGGCGCGAAGGGUCGACCGUGUUCCAGAUGCCGCAGCAAAUUCCCUGCGGAGACCCUCAUCACAUUCCGCUAUCGUUAUUGAAAGCAGAAGAAACUCUUCUGGGAAAGCUAUACAACGUUCAAGUACUAACAGUCGGAAACUUUCUUCACCGGUCAUCCCAACCUCGUCGCCUAGAUUAUCUCCAUCAUUCCUCGAUUUCUCCAAAAUACAGGUCCUGAUUGUCGAGGAUAACCUUGUCAAUCAGCGAGUCCUCCAAAAGCAAUUGAAUAAUAUCGGCUUUAUGACGGUGGUUGCGAACCAUGGUGGCGAGGCCCUAGAUGUCCUUAAAACCUCUCGUUUCUGGACAGGUCGUGAGAAAGAUGGAGUUGAUCUAGCUCUCAUCCUUAUGGAUUUAGAGAUGCCGGUUAUGGAUGGUCUCACAUGUGCCAAGGCAAUCAGGGAUUACGAAGCCAAUGGGACCAUUGUUGGGCAUGUCCCAAUCAUUGCCGUCACGGCCAACGCUCGGUUAGAGCAGAUCGAGACGGCAAUAGCUGCUGGAAUGGAUGAUGUUGUUUCGAAGCCUUUCAGGAUACCGGAGUUGAUACCCAAGAUCGAAGAACUAGUAACGAAAAGUAAUGCGACAAGAAGACCGGGAUAA